CAAUACUAGCAGGGAUAAAGUGUGGUAGUGAGCCUCAGUCCAGCUGCACGCGUUCAUAUACACAUGCACUCGCGCGCGCGCGCACACACACACACACACACACACACACAUACAUACACCAUAGCCAUUUUCCUGUUGACUCCGCUCUCCGCCACGUUGGUUCCCUUACGUGUGUGUCGCAUUCUCCUGCGCACCACCAACGUUAUGUUUGUGCUGAGGCGGGAAAUGGCGUCCGCAGACAUGGUUGUUCUGUGACUAGCCACCGAGCAACAGACACCGCUGGCAGCAACAACCACGGCCCGACCUCUAUCGGUGGCCGUAACGGUCGUGGCCGAGAGCUGACAACGCUGCGGCAGGUUGAAGAGCUUCCCAGAUUAUCGAUUUUUCUAUGUGACGGUGGCGCAUGAUGAGGCUGAGAGUGCGUAAAGCUCCUCAGCAGCCGAACUUAGGCCGUCGAACCCACCCAUCCCAGGCCAAACGGAAAUACUGUGAAGUGGAGCCAUCCUCUGUGAGAGGUCGAGGCAAAAUGCAGAAGAAUGAAACAGGCCUGUUCUCCACAAUAAAGAAAUUCAUCCGAGGAAAUGCUGUUAAGGUGGAGCAGGACAUCCCCGCCAAGAGGAGUCGUAUUGAUUGUAAUUCUGAUAGUGAUCUAAUUACUUCAACACCACAGACUAGAGGCCUUUCCAACAAAUCAGUCGCCCGAGUUUGCCGGAAAACUCCAAAUAAAGCCACAAUGACCUGCAACAGUAAACCCAUCAAACCAAACGGUAAACUAGACGCCCCUGUUGAGGCAGCAAGCAGCCCACCACGCACCACCCUGCUUGGAACCAUCUUCUCUCCAGUCUUCAACUUUUUCUCACCAGCAACUAAAACUGCCACUCCUGGUUCAGACUCUCCUGGCCAAGCGAUGGAGGCAGAGGAAAUCAUGAAACAGCUGGACAUUGAGCAGGCAGAGGAAAUACCAAGCAGCACUCUCACAUCCACAGAGGGCAUCACUCCAUGUCACACUGACCCAGUGUUGCCACCGAGGCUUCAGAUUACCUCCGAUACAACCAUAGAAGAAGGGGAGAUUGUCACUGAAACCGACAUGCCCCCAUUAACAGCUCCUGGUUGUAUGCCAGUUGGCGGUUACCCACACGCGUUACCCUCAGCUCCUCCAGAAACCUCAUACGAAGAGGACUGGGAAGUUUUUGAUCCAUACUUCUUCAUCAAGCACGUGCCUCCUCUGACAGAAGAGCAGUUAACACGCAAACCAGCGUUACCUUUGAAAACGCGCAGCACACCAGAGUUUUCUCUCGUCUUAGAUCUGGAUGAGACUCUGGUUCACUGUAGUUUGAAUGAGCUAGAAGACGCAGCCCUGACAUUCCCUGUGCUCUUUCAAGAUGUAAUAUACCAGGUAUAUGUGCGGUUGAGGCCCUUUUUCCGUGAAUUUCUUGAGCGUAUGUCUCAAAUGUAUGAGAUUAUUCUCUUCACGGCUUCAAAGAAAGUCUACGCUGACAAGUUGCUCAACAUCCUGGAUCCGAAAAAACAAUUGGUCAGACAUAGGCUAUUUCGUGAGCACUGUGUGUGUGUUCAAGGAAAUUACAUUAAAGACCUAAACAUUCUCGGACGGGAUCUUUCCAAGACGAUAAUAAUUGACAACUCACCCCAAGCCUUUGCUUAUCAGCUUUCCAAUGGAAUCCCUAUAGAGAGCUGGUUUGUGGAUAGAAAUGACAAUGAGCUUCUAAAGCUUGUUCCUUUCCUCGAGAAGCUUGUGGAGCUGAAUGAAGAUGUCAGACCGCACAUCCGAGAACGGUUUCGUUUGCACGACCUCCUUCCUCCAGACUGAGCCUUUCAGUUCAAGAUGGUAUCAACGGUGGGAAAAAAACUGACUCCUAGAAGGAUCUAUUCGGUGGUUUGCAAACAAAACAUUGCCAUUAUUAUCAUCAUUAUUAUUAUUUUUUAAAUCAUGCAAAAAAUUGAAAGCUAUGUUUGAGUCAAAAAGCCCUGGAUGUUUUUAUACAUACGCACUCGAACCCGCCUCAGAAUAAAGGGACCUGCUCGCUGCAGCAGGUACUUAACUUUUUUGCUCGCUUCUUUUUAGUGCGACCUUGAAAACGGCCUCCUGGAAGUAUUUUGUCUCUUAGGAACCAUUUUGGAUUGACAAAACUGAAUGUCAUGCAGUGUUGGAUUAUAUGGACCUUGUUGGCUUCAGCCUGACCUUGAACGGCCAGUCAAACCUGUAUAAUAUUCACUCUAUUUACUUGUAAAUAUAUGUACAUAUUUUUUUUCUUCAAGGUUUUUAAGUCAUUUUAUUUUCACUUCAGAUUUUAGUAUGUAUUCUUUGAUUCGGUUUCUUUUAUAAACCAACAAAAUGUUAGUGUGUUUUGUUUGAAGUUGUUGAUAAACUGCUGCUUUUCUGUUGUAUGCCUGCAUUAUUCCUGUGAUGCUUUACUCCAUUACAUGCAGUUGUCUGUAAUAAGGUGCAGUUUUAAAAAUGUAUCUUUGGGAGGAAAAUGUUUCUGAAAUAAUAUUUUAAAGCUCUGUAAUGUAAGCUAGAAUAGGGUCUCAACUGAAUACAAAGCCAUAAUGGCAGAACAAUAAUUUUGGAGAUUUGUAUUUGAAAGUCCAUUUCUGAUUUCGAUACCUUGAUCGUCCUCUUUGAUGACGGGUGGUGGGGGAGGUGGGGUGAGUGGGAGGGGGGUUCAGGCAUCUUGCACUUUGACAUCCAGCCCUUUGUAAGUUGAUGUAAAAUCUUGUCACUUUUCUACACAGGUGUGUAUCACCUCAAUUUGUUAUGUGGGGAGAGAAAAAAAAAAGAAAUUGUAGCACCAGCAAAUUGCCAACAUGUUUGCUUUCAAAUCUUGUUUUCCAAGACGUCUUGUAUGUGGGAUCUUUAUGAUGUAGGAGUCACAAGUUUUAUUGACUAUUGAAUGAUCACUCCUGUUGUAUUCAGUGUUACUCAAUGGUUUCCUUGAAAAUAAAUACAUUUUUAUACGA